AUGUUUGUCGGUGUCGGCGCAUCGCGCGUGCGCGAUUUGUUCAAGAAGGCCAAGGAGAACGCUCCUUGCAUCGUUUUCGUUGAUGAAAUCGACGCCGUCGGUCGCCAGCGUGGUACCGGAAUUGGCGGCGGGAACGACGAGCGCGAGCAGACGUUGAACCAGCUUCUAACGGAGAUGGACGGCUUCGAGGGCAACACGGGUGUCAUCGUUAUCGCGGCGACCAAUCGCGCGGAUAUUCUGGACGCGGCGCUGCUGCGUCCCGGCCGAUUCGACCGUCAGGUGUCCGUCGAUGUCCCGGAUAUCAAGGGACGGAAGGAGAUCCUCAAGGUGCACGCAUCCAACAAGAAAUUCGCCGAGGACGUCAACCUCGAUGUUGUCGCGGCGCGCACGCCCGGAUUCAGCGGCGCGGAUCUCGCAAAUCUAGCCUCGUCGCUUAUCCACGAGGUCGGCCACGCCAUCUGCGGAACCCUUACUCCCGGCCACGACGCCGUGCAAAAGGUGACGCUGGUGCCACGUGGCCAGGCGCGCGGGCUGACGUGGUUCAUCCCCAACGAUGACCCGUCGCUCAUCUCGAAGCAGCAGAUCUUCGCGCGCAUCGUUGGCGCGCUCGGCGGCCGCGCCGCGGAGGAGGUGGUGUUUGGCGACGCGGAGGUGACCACGGGCGCCUCGAGCGACCUGCAGCAAGUCACUGGCAUGGCCAAGCAGAUGGUUACCGUUUUUGGCAUGUCUGACAUUGGCCCAUGGGCUCUCAUGGACCCCGCCGGUCAGGGCGGUGACGUGAUCAUGCGCAUGAUGGCGCGCAACAGCAUGUCUGAGAAGCUUGCAGAGGACAUUGACGCCGCUGUGAAGUCCAUUUCAGACGAGGCCUAUGAAGUUGCUCUGGCGCACAUUCGGAACAACCGCGAGGCGACUGAUAAGAUUGUGGAGGUGCUGGUUGAGAAGGAGACGCUCAGUGGCGAUGAGUUCCGGGCGAUUCUGUCGGAAUUCACAGAGAUUCCCAAGGAGAACAUGAACUUCACGCCCAUCACUGCUUGA